AUGAGCUUUGUCAAGCGGGAUGACAACUGGUCAUCGCUUCAGGUCUUCGUUGGAGCUGGUGAGCAGCAUGGUAUGGGAGCCGAAGACCUGUAUGAAAGCAGAGCUUCGGGAGCGACUGAUGAGCUCAGAUCGUAUCUACGUGGAAGUAGCCACAACAUGGCGGAUGAGGCUGAAAAGAAGAAGGCACUCGAAGAAGUUUCGCAGCUCCAUGAUGGGUUGAAUGUCCAUGGUCCGCCCCGAUCAAUGCCGCAGUACAUCUCGGAAAGUCCUAUCAACCUGAAUACCAACCACUCUUUAUACAAUCAAAUGAAUUCCUCCAAUGGGAAUGGAGAGAAGAUAUCUGAUGAGACUGUAGAGGAAAUGAUCCAGUCAAUCAGAGAUCAAGUCGCGCAAUUCAACUCUCGUCCGAAGGGUUCCAGCGCGGUUACCCUACCUAAGUUGAACCUGCAUCACCGAUCGAAGCUUGGAGCAUCAACGACACCCAACAAUUCACCUCUCGUUCAGGUCAACGAGGAUGGAAACAUGAUGAAUCGAGAAAAACCUCAUCACUUCCAUGGCGAUGAGAAAUCGAGUCUGCCAGAACACUCCCAGGGGCGGGCACUGCAGGAGCCAACAAUCAUGCUUCCGGUCCCGGUCGAGGACGAGAGAUCUCCAGCAGUCGACCCCGAGGAUGCGAAGCCAGCAAGUCACGGCCAGAUGACUUCGAACCCGACCGCAAGUCUCGUCCUGAGCAACCUGAAAGACCUGACUCAGAACGUCAAUAUUCUCCGCCUGGUACCCCCUGGAGUGGAUGUGAAGGAAAUGGGAAUCGGUAUAAACGUUGUAUCAGACCCGUCUGGCCUCUUCAGUGUGAGCGCCAUCGCGCCCAAUGGAGGUGCUGCGCGGCAGAAUGCCAUGAAGGUGGGAGAUUUGAUCUACGCGGUGGAUGGGAAACCUGUGAAGGGAAUGACCAUCGGGGAUCUCAUUCAACUCAUCAAAGGUCCUCCUGGCACGGAAGUGCUGUCGAGGGCUCAGUCGAAUCUCCCCGAUCCCUCGCAGCAGGUGCCGUUGGCUUUUGAUUCCGCAUUGCCGAAUCCAGCAAGGAUGGAUGCUGUGAGCCGAGAUGAGACGGAGGAGCAGCCGCAUGCUCCCCACCCUGGCAUCCAACAGCCGCAUGCUCCCCAACCGAGCGUACAGCAGCAGCCGCAGCAGCAUGUGCCUCUUUCCAACAUGCCCCAACAACAGCAGCCGCAGCCGCAGCAGCAGCAGCUGCAGCAGCAGCAGCAGCAUCAACACCACAUGCAGCAGCAGCAGCAGCAGCAGCAGCAUCAACACCACAUGCAGCAGCAGCAGCAGCAGCAGCAGCAGCAGCAGCAGCAAUCGCCGCCGCCUUCGCAGAUGCCUCAUCUGGGUAUGCAGCAGCAACUGCAGCAGCAGCAUGCAUCUCAUCCAAGCAUGAUGCAGCAGCUGCCACUGCCGCCUCCUAUCCCUUCACAUUUGCCCCAUCCGAGCGUACACCAACAGCAGCAGCAAUCGCCACCGCCGCAGCAUCUGCCACACGUACCUCAAUCGAGCAUGAUGCAGCAGCACCCGCAUCUUCAACAUCCACAGCACCAGCCGCAGCCGCAGCCGCAGCUUCCACACCAAGAGCCGGUGCCGCCGCCACCGCCGCCGCAGCAGCAGCUGCAGCAUCGCCAGCAGCAGCAGCAGCAGCAGCAGCAGCAGCAGUUUCAACAUCAGCAGCAGCAGUUUCAACAUCAACCGCAGCCGCAGCUGCAGCCGCAGCAUGUACCUCAUCCAAGCGUGAUGCAUCCGCCGAAUCUACCUAUGUCUCAUCCGAGCACAAACCAGCAACAGCAGGUCAUUUCUGGAUCAACACAGAAUGGAAGUCCAGGGCUGCUGGAUCAGAGCUGGCAGCAAGGGAGGUUCAGGAGCUACGGCUCGUCUCCAGCGAGGUCACAUGACUUUGAACUCAUCCCGAAGACGUCGAACGUCAAGAGCUUUGACUUCGGCAACGCGGAGAUGCUUUCGCAUGACAACAAGUUCGACCUCGCUCGAUUCUCCACGCAAGGCUCUGAGAAGUCGAUGCUUUUGCUCCAGGAGGCCAUUCACCAUGAGAUGGAUGAGAAGAAGUUCAUCAUCACCGUCACUAUGACUGAGGAUCACGUUCCGGGAGAGAUGGCAAAAUUCCCUCCUCUUGUGCUGGCUCGUACGCAGUUCGGAAGCAAGGAAACUGGAGGUAUCAUCGCUGCUGGCGAAGUUUUGAAUCUUCGUCCGAUGACCUUCAAGAUUCCCAAUGCCUGGCCAGGGACGAAGAUCAAGCUCGAGAUUCCAAAGGCAAUCAUUGAGGAGGCGCUCCAUGGAUCAUCAAGAGGAGGAAGCAACGUGUCUUCCACCAACAAUACUCCUUAUGCUACUCCAAACCUCACAGGAGGCAACAACCUGCAUGUGCCUUCUAUGCACAGCAGCAGCAGAACCGAGAAAUCUCAAAGCGGCGCAUGUACACCCAACGUCAUCGUCAACCCCGUCCUGCCGGAAGGCGCACGAGAGGGGAUCAUUCUGAAAUGUCACGAUGCUGUGGGUCAGCCUGUGAUCUGGAAGCACGAAGAGGGGAAGACGUCGAUCAACGUCGCAGAAGUUCACUUCCCCAGCCUCCUGCACCACAAGACUGAGAGCAAGGUCAACAUCAACAUGCUCCUGCACAUGAUGCCGGAGAUGGUUGGGAGGUUCCCAGCGCUCCCAGGUUUCACGGAUACCCAGCUCGAGGCCUGGAAGCAGCGGGGAUACGCUGAGGAGCACCUGCCUCCUGCCCAGGUCAAAGUCAGAAUUCCAGACGGAGCUAAGCCGGGAGCGUUGAUGCACGCGAUCCCUUACAAAACAUCGUUUGGGUUGCCGAUGAUGCAGAUGCCAGCACUGACAGACGUUGAGCUCCUGGAGAUCGUCAAGCCUGAAAACUUUCUCAUUCAGAUCCGCUCGCACGGGAGGCAAGUCGGAGCUCAUGCUGCAAGCGAUAACAAGAGGAGGGAAGAGAACGAGGAGCCAAAGAAAUCCCUCAAUCAAAGAGAGCUGGCCAAUCCAGAGCAGGCGGCAAAUCAUCCGAAUCAGCCCCGAAGUUCGUAUCCCUCCCACUCUACUCCUCAGUUCGGCCCUCUCAACGACUCGCACAUCCCCGAGUCCUUCAGCUUACAGUGCGACACUUCCUACGUUUCCCAGGCCGAGCCUGUCAAGCACAGGACCCAUCACUGGGAGGAGCAGGAGCAGAAAGGAGGAGAGCGAGAGCAGCCGGGGCAGCAGCAGGAGACUUUCGUCCGCUCACCGAGUAAAGCGACAGGACAGAGCAUGAUGCCGCGGGCUCGACAUGCGACUAGCAUGGACCCUCAUGAUAUUCAGCACUCCAAGGUCAUGCAUGCAUCGUUCGCCCAAAUCCAAGGAAUGCAACACGCUUCUGAGGCCAUCCGUAUCGCCAUCAUGGAUGCAGUGGCUGCAUGCCGCGAGGCGUUCGAGGGCGGGGAGGGGAGGCCAGACCUCCUGAUCAAGCUGCAUGUCGGCGUUCCUGAGUUUGAUGUCGGCGGGUUGUAUAUCCCCAACGCUGAUGAUCCCAGCAACAUGUCAGACAACUUCGUGAUUGUCGUUGGCCUCGUGCUCGGGGAGUGA